AACACUGAUUCACUGCAUUACAGAUCCUGGUAUGUGUCUACAUUGAGGUCUCAUCAGCUUUGACUUUGGAAUUUAUCACUGCAGUUCCACUCCUUUGAGAUUGCUUUACCUUUGGUGUAUUCCUCUAACACCUCUGCUGGCUGCCAGGAAGAGGGGGAGUCUGGCACUCUGCUACUCUCCUCCAGGCAGCUGGCAUUGGGGUGAUGCUGGUGAGUAAGCAGCUGUGAGCUCCAUGUGUUUGCAUGUGUAUGAGACUGAACCAGGAUUCUUCUGAAGAAGCUUGAAGAUGAAAUUGCCGAGAAUUUUUGCCUGAAGCAAGGGAUGUUUCCCAUGUUUAAGACAAGCAGCAACCUGUAGUCAGAAGGAAGAAGGGACUGAAUUCACUCCAGAAGUAUUUCUCGGAGAUCUUUUUUUCCAGGAGAAGGCACGAUGGUCCUGGGAGGCUCUGCUAUCAGUGUGUCCUUUCCCUUGGAACGCGGAUCUGAGGCUCCUCUGUGCUGAGCGUGCCUGUGUCCCAUCUGCUCCCACGCCCUGAAAUCAAACUCAGCAGCUCAGGUGAAGCAGGCACUGUGCAAACAUGUCAGGAGUGCCUCCACCCCUUUUCCUUCUCCCGCUCUCUCCCGCCGUCUUUCUCUCCCAAGUUUAUCGGCGCCUCAGCGGAUCGCGGUGGCAGAGAGCUUCCACCUCACUGCUGGGUCCGGAGCAAUGAGGAGCCGCGGGGAUGGUUCUGGAAGGCGAGAAAAUCCAGGAGCUGGAUUCCUUUGGGAAGGAGUUCACUUCAUCUUUACUCCUAUAGCCCAGCAACACCAUCCUCCAAUCGGCUUUGCUGCAUGGCAGUGGGAGAGUUUCCCUGCAGACCCUUCUUUCUCCUCUCAUUUGGAAUUGUCCUCUCCCGGCAUUGCUGGACUGCCAGACAUUAAAGUCUUAAUGUAUUUGGGGAGAGAGUACUGAAGAAAAAGCAAACAACAGAAGAGAAGUUUGUGGCUGGAGCCUGACCCUUCUCUCUUCUUGCCCCUCCUUCCCACCGAUCCCUCCCCCUGCUCUGAAUGCUGUGGGAUUUUUUCUCAUGCUCACUGGCAGAUGUGACAGCUUUUGGAACUGUAUCAUCUAGAAACAGCUAUAUCUGGAGUUGAAAAAUCUAACGUGGUUUCCCAGGCAGCAGGAAUGGAUCGCUGAGAGAAUUUCAAUCUCCGACUGCUUUUGUCUCGUGACAUCAUGUUCCGCAAAAAGAAGAAGAAACGCCCUGAGAUCUCAGCUCCGCAGAACUUUGAGCAUCGUGUCCACACUUCGUUUGACCCAAAAGAGGGCAAAUUUGUGGGCCUGCCACCUCAAUGGCAGAAUAUUCUAGACACGCUGAGGCGCCCCAAGCCAGUUGUGGACCCUUCAAGGAUCACCCGGAUGCAGCUCCAGCCUAUGAAGACAGUCGUGAGGGGCAGCACUGUGGAAGUGGAAGGCUACAUCUCUGGGAUACUCAACGACAUCCAGAAGCUUUCUGCCAUCAGUUCCAACACUCUGAGGGGAAGGAGCCCCACCAGCAGGAGGAGAGCUCAGUCCCUUGGGCUCCUGGGAGAAGACAGACCCCCAGAUAUGUAUCUUCAGAGCCCCGAGGGAGAGUGGGCAGACAAAUACGGAAACUACCUCAAUUGCAAUGGUGGGACCAAGGUGACACGAAGGCAGACUAUGUGGCCAGAUUACAAACCCAGGAUGGAUGGACAGUCUCACCCUAAUGGUAUGGUCAUGAAAGCACAGUCCCUUGGGCCUUCGGAGUUCCAGGACGCUGACAGUAGCUGUCUCCAGCGUGCUUCUUGUCUGCAGCACAUGCCAGCUCUGCCAGGGGACAGUGACAAAAUGGGCAAAAGGAGCUUGGAAGAGUGCUGGCCUCAACCUUGUCUGGUACGACAGGCAAACUCUAGGCCCUCAGGAGAAGGCAGCCCCAGCUCCAAAUCGAGGGAGAACAGCUUGAAAAGGAGGCUGUUACGCAGCGUGUUCCCCUCCUCCAGCAGCUCAAACAAGUCAGGCCCUUCCCUGCAUAUAAAGCCUACUGCUUUCUUCAGACCCCAGCAGUGGGGCUCACCGCGCAGCCCCGCGGCCAAAGCCCAGUCCCUCCCAUCAGAUCAGCCCACGUCUGAUUUUCCCAGGCUCAUUUCGGAAGCUGGUACCCCCCAGAAGUCACUGACAGCGGAGAAGGCGAUAGCAGUGCCCCAAGGCAGGCCAUCACCAGCUGGAUCUCCCCGAAACCGGCAGACUCAGACGAGUUCCAGCAACCUGCACCUUCCCCAGGACUCCUCUGGGAAAGCACAGCCGGCGAGCGAGGACCCCGUGGUUGUGACUCAUGAGCAGUUCAAAGCUGCCCUUAGGAUGGUGGUGGACCAAGGAGAUCCGCGGACGUUGCUGGAGAAUUACAUAAAGAUUGGUGAAGGGUCCACAGGUAUCGUCUGUAUUGCUCGAGAGAAGCACUCAGGGCGGCAGGUGGCGGUGAAAAUGAUGGAUCUGAGGAAGCAGCAGCGCCGGGAGCUCCUUUUCAAUGAGGUGGUGAUAAUGAGGGACUACCAACAUGUCAACGUAGUCGAGAUGUACAAGAGCUACCUGGUGGGAGAGGAGCUCUGGGUACUGAUGGAGUUCCUGCAGGGGGGGGCCCUCACUGACAUUGUGUCUCAGAUCAGGCUAAACGAAGAGCAAAUUGCAACAGUGUGUGAAUCAGUGCUGCAGGCUCUUUCCUACCUUCACUCUCAGGGGGUCAUUCACCGAGACAUUAAGAGCGACUCUAUUCUUCUGACACUGGAUGGAAGGGUCAAGCUGUCAGAUUUUGGUUUCUGUGCUCAGAUCAGUAAAGAUGUACCUAAAAGAAAGUCCCUGGUAGGUACUCCCUACUGGAUGGCUCCAGAAGUUAUUGCAAGGGUACCAUACACUACUGAGGUAGACAUCUGGUCUCUGGGGAUCAUGGUGAUAGAGAUGGUGGAUGGAGAACCACCCUAUUUCAGUGAUUCUCCAGUCCAGGCAAUGAAGAGACUCCGUGACAGCCCUCCUCCCAAACUGAAAAACUUCCACAGGACUUCUCCAGUUCUGAGAGACUUCUUGGAAAGGAUGUUGACACGGGAGCCGCUAGAAAGAGCAACAGCACAGGAACUUCUGGAUCAUCCCUUUCUGCUCCAGACAGGGCUCCCAGAGUGCCUGGUCCCCCUUAUCCAGCAAUACAGAAAGCGUACCUCUACCUGCUGACUUCACGGAAGGGAAAAUGCUGGGAAAAGGUAACACGUAACAGACAAUCAGGAGACCAGGCAGUCUUGUCCUGUGAAUGGUGCUCAGAACUAGUCAGUGGUCUUCUCACAGGAUGGGUCCUUGUGUUCUCUGCCUUUGUGACUUCUCUUUUGCUAAAGACAAUCAAUGCAUACUCAAUAAGACCGUGUUUUUCUCAAGAGCAAAGCAGGUGCUGGAUGACUUCUGGAUCACUUCUUCCAAAGAAUGGCAUUUGUAUGUGGAUCUGAGGUUGUGUAUCUGAAUGCUUGCAAGUUCCUGCAAACCUCGGCUGCUGACUACUGAACUGAAACAAAAUUUCCCAACUAGAAAUGUGACCUUCGCUUUGUCAGACAUACACUGGAGUACUGAGCUCACUUAAAUGUACAUUGUGGGGCACAGAUGCCUUUCAAGUCUCCAACAAUGCACAAUGACUUCACAAUUUUUUUUCUCCACAGACGAUUUUAAUUUUCAGUUAAAUGUGGACCUAGAAUGCUGUACAUAUUUUCCCAGGGAGCAGAUGUGAUAUGUACAUAUUUGUUUUCCAAUGGCUCUCUUGCAUCAACAUACUUCUCUUUGGCUGAGAAAUAUGUAUGGUUUAGUGGUCAGUCUUGAAUCCAUUUCAUUACCUUAAACUUUUGGAGGGGAGACCGUUGGAGGGGUAACGCUUUGGGAAUGCUCUGGGAGACAGAAUGAGAAAGUUUCAGCUGUCCUGCCUAUAUCCCAGGAGAGAUUUUUAUGUGCACAGCAAGGCUAUUUGUUCAGCCUCCCUCUCCCUUGCUUGCUACUGCAGAACAUGGGGAGAAGGGAAACUUUUGAUGUAUGUUUUGUAAUUGGUAUGUCCUUCCCCUUUCAGCCCCUUGGUGAUAUGUUCAGAAGGGUUCUGGUUGUCUAAGCAGCUCUCACAGUUAUUUUAAAAUAGAUUUAGGUAUUUUGUAUGAUGCAGUUUCUGAUCAGUGAGAUACUCGAGGUAAUUUGGCUCUAGGUCAGGAUGUCACAUUGUACAGUGGUGGUGCAUAUUGUUGUGAGGUCUCAAGAAUGUGUCUUAUGUAUGAAAGUGGGAUCCCGUUUUCAAACUCAGAUACAAAUUUAUUGAAAAUUAAGUUAUUCUUGGGACUGUCGUGCUGUCUCAGAUACUCUUCAUUGCAUUUUCUUCAGAAGAUGUUGAUAAUCUCUGUCCUCUGCUGUUUACUCCAAUGAUAGAUCCUGCUUCAGAAUUGAAGCCACAGUUGAUUACUUGAAGUAAUUUGGGAUGGAAUUCAUCUGCACUGUUGUCAGUCACCUAAAUGGUGGGCACCCAGACUGCGAAGCACAUCGGUUGCCUCUGUAGACCGUGGUGAGAGGAGCACCUCCAGAAGGUGAUUCAGCUCCAGUACUUGGAUACCUUGUGAGGGAUGAGAUUGCUGCCUAUCAAUACCACUCUACCUGUGGCCAGUAGAGUGAUCGUAGUGGUCUGCACUGACUGGAUGUCUGAGUUUGGGGUUGAUAAAGCUAAUUGAAAUGAAUUUACUUAGCUCUUCCUGAGCUGCACGGGAAAGCUUUUGAUGUAAAAUGUUUCUGUAUUCCAGAUAUUCUGCUUUUUGUUUUUUUUUUUUUAAUGCGAAAGAGCAGGGCUUUAAGAAGAUUUAUAAUUUGAAACAAGUGAUCCUGCUCACCUGUAGUUGUGAAUCCUUUGCACUUGUGUUUU